AUGGACAAGAAGAUAAAGGCCGCUCAACUAAAAAGAAGGAUCGCGGUGGAAAAUAUAAGUGCUCUCGAACGGUUCCAAGUGCAAUUUUCUGGGGAUGACGCCAAGCAAAUUCCGGAGGCGUUAGAGGACUUGGAACGGCAUAAGGAAGGGUUCUUCGCCGCGGUAUCGAAACUGGAAGAGCUCGAUGACAGUAAUGAAGCGAUUGAAGCUUGCAUCAUGGACAGGAUCAACAUCGAGGAGCGGUGUAGGAAGCUAAAAUCCUUCCUACGGGACAACCUUCGACGGGAGGAAGGUGCCCUAAAUGAUACAUCGGCUUUGGCUUCUUCAACGCUUGCGUUUGGUCGGCCAAACGCACCACAUCUACGUCUUCCGAAGAUCGAGUUGCCAUCAUUCGAUGGCGACCAAACGAAAUGGCUGUCGUUUCGUGACCGAUUCAUCGCAAUGAUCGACGCUUCACCGGAGCUUCCGUCGAUUGCGAAGCUGGAAUAUUUGCUGUCAGCAUUGAAAGGGGAAGCGGGGCUUCCUUUCGAACACACGCCGUUGACAGCGGACAACUACUCGGUGACGUGGGCAACUCUUCUAAAAAGGUACGAUAAUCCACGUACACUAAUCCGUGAGUAUUAUCGGAAGCUACAUUCCUUUCCGCCCGUACGCGCGGACUGUGUGGAUGAGUUAGUGCAUUUGGUGGAUGAAUUCAUUCGUCAUGUGAAUGGGUUACUAAAGCUCAACGAGCCCAUCGAUCAUUGGGAUACACCGUUGACAAAUUUGCUGGUUAUGAAGCUAGAUCACGCUACUGUUUUAGCAUGGGAAAAGCAUUCGGUCCAUGCCAAGAAGGACAAAUACAAGGAGCUCAUCGACUUUGUACAAGAUCGAAUACAAAUAUUGAAGGCGACUCGGAGUACUACUUGUGAAGAUGACACUAGUAUCACUAAGGUGGCUGGUACGCAGCGUUAUCCAAGUUCGCGGAAGACAAUCGUUCACUCAGCCGUAGCACAACCGGUGUCAAGUAGGAUGAUUGUAUCACCACCACCGAAGUGUCCCUUGGAGUGUACGGAGAACCAUUUCUUACGAAACUGUCCGGUGUUUGGCAGUAAGGACGUGCAGCAACGUCGGGAAGUGGUUACAUCGAAACACUUAUGUUGGAAUUGUCUCGGAGAUUCCCAUCAAGUGAAAUCCUGCAAGUCGGAGCAUGCUUGUCGCACGUGUCAUCAGCGACACCAUACACUCUUGCAUGUUCCUACCACUACAACGAUCACGAUGGCAGCUCACGACGAUCGCAGUUCGGUGAUCCUGGAAACGGCUGUCCUAUUCAUCGUGGGUGACGACGGAAAGAAACAUGAGGCAAGGGCGCUCCUUGAUUCAGGCUCCAUGUCGAAUUUUAUUUCCGAAUCACUUUCUCGGAAGCUUACGGCUACUCGAAACAAAAUCAACGUGGCAGUCACGGGCAUCGGAAAAACGGCACAAUCGGCGAGAGGGUCGAUCGUCGCAACUGUGGCAUCGAGGAAUCAAUCGUAUUCUAAUCAUCUGGAGUUCCUCGUUCUGGAGUCACUAUUUGCACAUACUCCAAUUACACCUAUCGAUACUUCAUCGUGGAGUAUGCCCGAUCUGCAGCUGGCAGAUCCUUCAUUUAAUGUUCCGGGCAACAUAGACAUCGUAAUCGGCGGAUACACGUUCUGGGAGAUUCAUUCAGGACGAAAACGAUCUAUGGGCACGGGCAAACCUUGGCUCGUGGAAACAUCAUUCGGCUGGAGCGUGACAGGGAAUGCAUCAAACGGUACACCUCCUCAACCAUUUCAUCGUUCGGGCUACGGAAGUCCACCUACGGAAGAGAAAACAAAUCAGAAGGGGGCAUCAAAGUCAAGCCUGGGUUUGCGAAGAACAGAAAGCUACAAGAUCGAAAUCUACAAGGGGAAUAUUGGAAUGAUCAAUAUCUACAUACCAUCACACGUUUAUCGGCGUAUCAUUUCAUCGCGAAGCAACGGGCUUCAUCAGGCAUCAUAUUCGGGGUAA